UUAUUAUGUUUGAAUAAUAAUUUAAUAUUUCUCUUCAAACCAAGAAAGUCAUAGUUAUUUUAGAAUUUUUUCUAAUCUAUGUAUGGGCUAUUGUGUUAUAAAUGUACACAAAAAUAAAUUUAUAUUCCGUCAAAUCUGUUAAAGUUAUCCUCUUGCUUAGCUAACAUUUCAGAAAUUCCACUACAAAACAAAAUAAUAUCAUAAUCCCCCCCCGAAAAACAGUGAAAUAAUAAGCGAAUUGCGGGAUUUCACAGUUGAAUGGAGAGAAUCCGAAAGUGUUUCAUUAUAGUUUUCUUUCAAUUUUCUGUUGUUUUCUGUCACGAAUAUGACUACAUCAAUGCGUACGACGCAGGAAACGAUCAAUUUCUCAACGUUGGUCAAAUAGUAAAUUCGAAAAAGUAUCUUAUAUACGAUGUCAAUCCUGGCGAGGGCUUUAAUCUCCGACGAGAUGUCUAUUUAAGGGUUGCUAAUCUUGUAAAAUUGCUGAACGAGAACGGAAACUGGACGCUUGUAGUGCCUCCAUGGCGACAUUUGUACCACUGGAAAACACACGACAUCAAGCAAAAUGCCAUGCCUUGGAAAACGUUUUUUGACAUGAAAAGUCUUAACCGUUAUAUACCUGUCAUUGAAUUUGAAGACUUUGUCAACGAGACAGGUAGCUCUGUCAUUGACCUAACCAUGUAUUUGCAACGAUACAAAGAAGGAUGGGUUAAUGGUGAAUGGGAAGAAAAAAUGGAUGAGCGAGAAUGCCUUGAUGAACCCCCCUUCAGGAAAGUUGAAGGUGGAAAUUAUGAAGGAUAUUUCUGGGGCUUGAAUGAUGUAUACCAAAGAUUCAAGUGCAUGUCGGUUCAAGGUCUUGCUAGUAUCUUGAAGCCUACAUUACUGAACCUCAAUGUAAGAUCUGUAUUUGUGGACAGAUUUGAGGAAGUACUUCACAUUGAAUAUGGGCAAACUGAAUAUUGGAAGGCACGGCGUAGUUUGGUUUUUGCAAAACACUUGAGGAAAAUUGGAAAUAAUUUUCGUCAAGAGCAUUUGAAUUCUAAUGACAAGAAAGACUUAACUGAGUUAAAGUACGAUUGGCGUAAAAAUGAAAGAAAAGAUGGUAGCGCUUUGGGUGGCCCCUAUCUUGCUAUUCAUCUUCGUCGAGCUGAUUUUCUUUAUGCUAGAAAAGAGCAUGUACCAAGUUUGGACGGCGCCAUUCAACAGGUUAAGACUAUUUUGAAAAAAGAAAAUUUAGACAAGGUGUUUCUUGCUACAGAUGCUUUAGAAAAUGAAAUUGAAUACUUGAAAGAAAGAUUACCGGUCGUCAAAUAUGAGCCAACAAAAUCUGUCCUCAAGAAAUAUGGUGACGGUGGCGUUGCGAUUAUUGAUCAGUGGAUUUGUGCACAUGCGCAAUACUUCGUCGGCACCAAGGAGUCCACGUUUUCUUUCCGGAUACAGGAAGAGAGGGAUAUUCUUGGUUUUAAUGCUGACACUACAUUUAAUUGCUUAUGUUCGGACAAAGAAAUUAGUAAAUGUGAACAACCUACUCGUUGGAGAAUUGUGUAUUGAAUUAAGGCCUAAAAUUUUUCAAAAGAUUCUUCUAUCGUAUUUCUCUCUCUACUUGUAGCGGCUUAGCCAGCCCUCAAUUAUGGUUCUGCUACACAUCAAAAUUAGAACACAAUUGUUGAUUUUCUGUCAAAAGUAACUGUUUUACAGUCUGUGCACAACGACAAGUUUGCAUAGCAGUACUAAAUUUGCUGGUUGGCUACGGCAUUGCAUAUCAAAUUUGCUGGCUGGCUACGGCAUUGCAUAUUAAAUUUGAAUACAAGUUUUGGAA